GGAGACAGCAGUUGAUGUUUGUUCCACAGACAAAUGGAUAGAACAGUGUCUGUAUUUCAACUGAAGAUGGAGGAUGGGGCGACUUUUUUUCUGCUGUCUUCACUUCUGCUCUUUACCUCCGGUGCAUCCGGGGAUGACAAUGCUACGUGUGUUAGACCCAUCCUGGAUGCCAACAUUGAGUUGGUCAGUGACCAGAGGCACUUUAGCCCCGGUGUGGCAAUAGCACUGUCCUGUAAACAAGGAUACACCCCUGUGUCGGGUCCCCGCAGGAUCGUCUGUACCAUCGACGGAAUGUGGACAAAAACCAGAUACAUGUGCAUACCAAAGCGAUGUCCCUACCCUGAUCCACCAUCCAAUGGAGAACUGCAUUAUGAAGACACCGUGUACCUCAGUACCAUUAACUACACUUGUAACGAAGGGUAUACAUUGGACGGAUCCAGCACUGCUGUGUGCCAAGCCAACGGGACGUGGAGCACACCAGCUCCUGAGUGCAAGGCUGUGUCAUGUGGUCUCGCUCCAAUUCCACAGUUCGGAAUGAUCAUCUAUGAUAAAAUGGUCAGAGGAAACCAAACUUAUUUUGGCAUCGGAGGAACUUAUAGAUGUCUGCCUCCCUUGGCACUCUUUGGUAAUCCAAGGGCUGAGUGCACUAUCAACGGGACUUGGGCCGAGACGCCUGAAUGUCGAGUGGUGACCUGCCCUCCCCCAGAGAACAUUGAAAAAGGCUACAUGUCUAAUGAAGACAGGAGAGAUUUCGACUUCAGGGAAUCAGUGAAAUAUGGCUGUGAAGGCGACUACGUGCUGGAGGGAAAUAUGGAAAUAGUUUGCCAGCAGAAUGGGAACUGGUCUGAAAUGCCGUCCUGUAAGGCUCCUUGUCCUGUUGGAAUACAAGGAGUAAAAAUACAGUAUAGAGGGGAGAAAAUGUGGAUUGCUGACUUAAAAACGAAAGCCAUCUUACACAAAGAAAUAUUGUCAGUCUACUGCAAGGACACAGUCAGGAACUGUAGUUAUGCUGUUCCAGUGCAGUGCUUAGACGGAGGGCUCAGACUCCCAGAAUGCUUUGAAGAACCCAGUGUGAUUGGAUACAACUCAAAUUCAACUUCACUUCAUUCAGAACUUCAACAGUGCUGAGUUGGACACCCCUUUUGAAGAGAAUGUAAUACUAUAACAUCUUGAGUUUUGGGCUAAAAGUUUUUCCUUUUCAUCUCAAUGUUUUGUAUGUACCUCAUUUGCUUUAACCAAAGUAUUUGUUUGCCUGUUCAGUCUCUAUUAAAAUCCUUUCCUUUUUAGUACUUAGACGAAAAUAAAUCCAUUAAACAGGAUAAAGUUCAUAAA